AUGUAUCCUUUGAAAGAUACAAGUUGUAGCUUUGGCCUUAGAUUGAGCUCAUGUGGUGCAAUCCCCACAAGAAGAUGCAAGCUCAUGAACACAAUCUCAUGCAAAGCCGUUAACUUGGCUAUGAAUGGAGCUAAGACCAACUAUUACAAGGUUCUCUCCCUCGAGUCCGAGACCGUUACCGUGGAAGAGAUAAAGAAGGCAUACAGAAGCAUGGCUCUGAGGUACCACCCCGACGUUUGCCCUCCUUCGAGAAAGGAAGAGUCCGCAAAGAUGUUCGUGGAGCUCCAUCGAGCUUACGAAACGCUGUCGAACCCGGUUCUCCGCGAGGAGUAUGAUAGCAAGAUGAGAUCAUCUGGAAAUCAUAAGGCGGGGAGGUCGGAAUUCUCAAGAGAAGUGUGGGAGGCACAACUUAGCGGACUAAAAGAUUAA